AUGCGUCGUCAGCACCAGGACUGGUUCGACGGCAACGACGCAGCCAUCGGUAACUUGCUUACCGAGAAGAACAUGCUGCACAGAGUCUGCCUCGACCGUCUAACCGACGCGAGCAAAGUGGCCUCCUGUCGAUGUCGCCGCCUUGCGCAGCAAUGGUUGCGAAAAAUACAGGAUGCCUGGAUGGCUCGCAAGGCCGCGGAGAUUCGAGGAUACAACGAACGCAACUAA